AUUUAAUGUGUAGUACAGGUGAUGUAAACAUUAGCACCAAGAAGAAAAUUCGGGCCGUCCAACAGCUUGGUUGAAUUGCUACGUAAUUUUGAGUCAUUUCCAAAUAGAGUUCGUCUUCUGCUUUCUCUCUUGAGGGGGGGGUGACGUGUGCGAGAGCUCGCUCUGCUAUAAAUUCAGCGGGAGCCUGCGAGCCAACUCACUUUCCAUUUGAAGAGGAGAGCUGCUCAACCACGGCCAGUGCGCGCGGCAAUCUGCAACUUCAGACCUGUGGAGACGGCAGGAAAGAGCAUGGAGGUGAACGCAACUGAGAAACUAUUUAACUCGGUUGAUGGCACCGCCGAAACGUUCUGCCAGUAUGCCACUCGGGCUGACAAUAGUUUGCAUGCCGAAGUGCCCUUGCAAUUUACAAACGACAAGGUGGUGAAUGGAGCAUCCUCGGCGAUGCUUCUUCAGUGCAAAAACGCAGCCCAGUAUUUGCACACAGUUAAGGUCUCCACCAUCUCAAAAGCCAGAAUGGGGAUAAUCAAAAACGUUACAAACUGGAGAAGAGAAAGGAAAAACCGCGUUGUGAGAUCAUCCAGCGUUGGCCACCGCCACUCUUCCUCUGACAGAGCAAAGUCCGUUGAGCCUUUAGCUGCUCUUUUGCUCCACGGCCAGAGCUGCAGACAAUCCGCUAGGCAAGAUGAGGAUGCGGGCGAACUGCGCUUCUUCAGCAAGCCGAGAAACUACCGGCGCGUCGUGGUCCUUGGCGCACCAAGAGUGGGCAAGACGGCCAUCCUGAGACGUUUCCUGCAGGAUGAGUUUGAGGACCACUACGUGCCCACAACGGAAGACUUCCACAGAAAACUGUACCACAUUCGCGGAGAGACAUACCAGGUCGAUAUCCUCGAUGCAUCUAACGAGAGGGACUUCCCCGCCAAACGCAGGCUGUCAAUACUGACAGGUGAUAUUUUCCUCCUCGUGUUUAGUGUGGAUGACAGGCAGUCUUUCAACGAAGUCUGCUCGUUACGCAGAGAGAUCAAGCUCGCCAAAUCCAAACUCGCUAAGUCCAAAGAAAACGUCCAAGUUCCAAUAGUGAUAUGUGGGAACAAAGUGGACUUGGAAGCCGAAAGGGUGCUGAAUCAUUCAGACAUAUCCGAAGGACUCGGGGAGGACUCUGUCGUGUUCGAAACUUCGGCCAAAGACGGCGCUCAGCUGGAGAAGGUGUUUGAAGCACUGGCACAGCUCGGCGGACUUCCGGCUGAGACACGUCCGUCCCUUCACCGGGACAUUUCUAUUCGCUCCUAUGAAGCGCUGCACUGUGGAAGGCGAAGCAAACGGGAGAUCCGUUUGCUGGCUCUUGAUGGACCUUGCGGUGCAGUUUAUCCACUGGCACUCCGCCCUAGUUUUCACAGUGACCUUCGUCGCAUUCUCGGACCUGGCACCUCGAAAAGGACCACUCCUAUUGAGAGGUGUCAGAUCCAAUAAGAGAUUGUAUGAAGCGACGUCCACGUUAUUUAUGAAUAAUAAUUAUUCAUGUUACCGUAAGAAUAGUUUAUUCUAUAACCUACCUCUGGCUGGAACAGAGGAAUUUUGUAUUUUGUACAUACGACUAC